CAAACAAAAUACGCGCGUCACUGCUUCUUGGUAGUUCAACUUGUGGCAGCCAGGUAGCAAUAGUGUGGAGAGUGGGCGUGGGUUCUGGGUUCAGCAGAUGUACAAAAUUGACAUGCAAGGCAUUCAUUGUAGGAAGAUUAAUGAUUUGUUUUCAUAAAUUGUUCAUGAAUUCAUUGCCUGGAAAAUAAUUAAUGCAUGUGCACUGAAGAUGAAGUGUUCUGUAUAUACCAGAGGUUUCGUUAAUAAUCUUCAAACGCAAAAGGGUUAAAGAAAUGAAUCGAAGAGAAAGUGUGUGUGAAGAUGAAUGGUCUGAAAUACAGCAGAGAUUUCAAAAAGAAGGGCUGGAUUUUGAGAAUCUUGUGCCAGAAGAAAAAUUGUUACAUGUAUGGAGGUGGUUGGUUGAUGCUGAAGCCAAUUUGCGAACUUCACGUAGGCAGUUGGAAAAAUUACGAGAAUUGCGAAGUGAAGAAAUGGAAGAAAUGGAAAAUUAUAUUGGUCAGAUACGAGAUCUUGCAGAUAAACGUGCAGAUCAUUUGGAAUCAGAAACUGUUAAUUUGCGCACAAAGCUGGAGUCAUCUGAGCAACAAGCUGCUACUCUUGCAACCCUUCUUGAGAAAAGUGGCCUGGAGUGCAUAGCUGAGGAAUCUCUGGGUGAACAGGUUGCUUUCCUAAUAGCAGACCGAGCUAAAUUAAUGGAAGAGCUUGAUGUAGUGAAGAAAAUAAAAUUUACUAAUGGUGUAAAUGGACUGAAUAAAGAAGGAGAUUUACUUUCGGAAAUCAUUAAGGUUUCAUCGGAAAAAGAGGUGCUUAAAAGAGAAGUUGCAGAAAUGUGUGACAGAGUGCAGUUACUGGAGAAAUCAUCUCGGCAACUGGAACUUGAUAAUGAAAGACUGGCAUUCAAGUUAUCAGAAGCAUUGGCUGAGCUUGAAGAGAGGGAAUCUCAGUUGAAACAGUUAGGUGUGUUCAACAAUGAAGGCGAGCAAGCAAUUCAGAGCAGUAUCAAUUUAUUGUGGCCAAGCUUUCGACCAGGAGAUUCUCCUCACCCUAACUGCAAACGCAACUUGUCCCUACCACCUCGAAGUGAUUCUCCUCGUAAUACAUUGAAACGUCCAGGAAGUGCUAAUAAACUAGAUGUGAAAGGUUUAUUGCAUGGUCCUUUGGUUGUAAGUGGAAUGAAUGAAGCCCUUUCAGAUAGAAUGGGAGGUGAAGAAGUUACCACACAGACAGAAGAUCAUCAAGAUAAUCGUGAUAUUGAAUUAAAUAAAUCUCAUUCAUUUGGUGAAAAAGAUCUAGAUCUCCGUUCCCAGAGUUUUGGUGCUGAUUCGACUCCACCAAGUUUAUUGCUCAGUGAAAUUAGUGGUUCUCCAAAGAAACUAGCAAGUUUGUUAGAUUCUCAAAUUGCGGCUUCUCGAACUGAACUUGUAAGACUUGAAGAAAUUAAAAAAUUGCAGGGUGAAUGUGAAAAUCUCAAAGGGCAAUUGACAGCUGUGACUGAAAAAUACAACAACUUAGCUAUGAGACAUAUUCAGUACAAAGCUAAACGCAAAGCUCAGAUUGAUGACCUCAGAAAUAGGUUAGAUGCAGAAAUCAGUUCAAUGCAAUGCCAGGUAGACAAUUUACAACAGCAGCUUUCUGUGCAGAAGAAAAUGCUCACUUCAGAAGAAUGUUUUCGGGAGCGAAUUGAAACAGAUUAUAGACACCUACAAGAAGAAAAACGUACAUUAAUGGUUAGUGUAAUGCAGUUGGAAGCAUCGGUUAGAGAUAAAGAAAGAGAAAUUACUGUUUUAGGGAAAAAAAUAACAUUGUUAGAAAAUGCUAAUUCAGAUCUCCUUGCUAAAGUUCUCCAGCUCAAAUACACAUCAGUUAGGCAUUCAAAUAAGAAUUCAGGUGCAAUACCAAAAAGUAACAGUGUUGAAGGUGUUUUGAUGGACCUGGGAAGUGUAUGAAAUUUCAUAUUUUAUUUCAUUCAAUUCACUCGGUAAUUAACACAAAAAAGUAGAAUAAAAAUUAAUAUAUCCUGAAUUUACAUCAGAAAUUGCAUGCUUCAGUUGUAGUUCAAGUUUUAAGUGCGUGUCUGUGUUCCACACCAAUACUAUUUAAUUCCGAACUGAACCUAAUCAAACCUGUCACCAUGGUAAUUUUACUAACAAUGAAGUAAUGUGGUAUAAUCUUUUUUCAUCUUAUUUAUUCAUGAAGUAUGAAGUUCACCUGUUCAUUUUUAAUGUACCCAUACUGAUGCUGUCUAAUUAUUAUUAAUUAAACAUUGUAUAUACGAAUAUAUCGUAAUUGCAGGUAUCAUCUGCACAUGUUAUAUUAAGUUCAUUUUGCUAGAGGCAAGAGAAUUGGGGGUUCAGGUUACUUAGAUGGCUAUAUUAUCAAAUCAAAUCUAUAGCUCAUUUGUAAAUUCAAAUUUGUCCUAUUACAAAUGAGUGAAAUUUCAUUGUUAGUUGUCAAAACUCAUUGCUGUCUUUUAGUCUUUAUAUUGGUACAGGAAAUUGGGUAGGAAUUUUGUAACUUAAGAAAAUGUGUGCAUAUGAUAACUGAAAUUCUGUUCAGGAAUAAAAUUAUAUAAAAUGAUUGUCAUUAAACAAUAACAGAGUUGCAUCAAAGUAAGAUAUAGUGAGCAAACAUGCAGACCUAUUUUUUUGAAUGUAAUUUUUUGUCACGUUGUUACAAAAUCAAAUAUUUGAAUAUUUUGUGUCUUAUUUAUUCUUAAUUAGAGUAACUGGCAUUACUGUGAGAUACUGGAAUUCAUUUGUCAGUACCGUGAAUUGUUCAUUGUCUUAACUCUAAAAUGAAUUAAAAGAAAUGUUCUCAAAUAUAUUUAUUACUGUUGAGAAGGCUAUAUAUGGAGUAAUCUUACUAAAUGUAUUCAAAAGAAAUUGACAUAAAGAAAUCUCACCACAUUUAAAGUAUUUCCAUUAUGCAUAUACUUGAACAUUGUUAUGUCGUACUAACAAUUAAAAAAUUACUAGUUCAAAAUUAUUUUUAGAGUGAAAUUAUUCCAUACUUCCUCCUGAAACACUUUCUUGAUCUGCCACUCUGAGAAGGAUGCUACUCUGUUAAUAUAUAAUCUGACUUACAUUGGUGUGAAACACACUUCAUCCAAAUUUAAUUUCUUAUAUUCAUUAUAGCAAAAUUGUGCCAAAAUCUCUUUUAUAACUAUAAUCUAAAACAUCAACUAAACAUGUAGAUUCGAUAGUGUCAAAUGCACAAAAUUUUAUUAUUUUCAUUUAUUAACGAAAUAUGUUACUAUAUUUUUAUUCGUAUAUCUGUUGCAAAUUAUUGUUAAGAGAGAGACUACUUUGAAGCAUGUACAGACUUCAAGAGUUUGCCAUGAAAAUGAAAAUCUGUUUUUAAAGCGUUGUUUACAUGUGCUUAGAAUAACAUUUUUAUCAACAGUUAAUGCAAAUUAUUUGAUGUCUUAUUCAUUUCACGACUGUUUUUAAUUUAAUCUUUUACAAUGCACAAUGAUAUUAGAAAUUAUUAAGAUCCUUUGGAUGUAUCCAUUAUCCAAUAGACUGUAUUCAUACUGUUAGUAUUGGAAAAUUCAAUCUGGAUAUUCAAUCAAGAGGAAAUUACUUCUUCAUACAUUGUAGAAAACUAUCUCAUACAUGUAAACAACAUAUCAAUAUCUAUACUUUUGACAAUUGUAUGUACAUGUGUGCUUCUCUCUUCCUUUCAUGUUUUGCUGGCACUUCUGCAGGUGAUUUGUGAAAUUAUCUCACUUUUUAUUUGCAUUAGAAAUUAAAGUUCAUUGCAAUGUUUUCUUAUUGGGAAGUGUCAAUUUUUAGGUGAACUAUUAGGAAGCCUAAUGUGAUAUAAUAAGUUAGUAUCUUUUUUGAUUAUUCAAAAUGCAAUUGAGUGUCUUGCAUUUUUUAUGGCUCUGUAGCUUAACUCUCAAGAAUACAGUAUUGAUCUAGUCAAAAACUAUUUUAUAUAAAUCAUGUUCAUUAAUAAUAUUUAUGUAACAGUGAAAUAAAUUAUGUUAUUUUAGAACUUAUUUAAUUUGGAGUAAUGCAUUGUAUAUUAUAUAUUUACCUAAAAUAUGAACAAGGUUUCAUAAAAUACUUGUUAGUCAGCAAUAAAGUGAUAAGGAUGAUAUAUAUUUUUCUGACAAAUUGUCUGAGGUAGUAUUGAAAAUGUAUCCACUUAGGAAGAGUUCUUGUACCUUAAGUAGCAUUUAUGACUAUCAUAUACCAAUGUCCGAACUCUUCAGUUACAUGGGGAGGAAGCUUCUGAACUAAUGUAGCAAUGUGUUAAAAUAUGUGUUUUUGUUAUUAUACUAUAUACUUUUCUUAGUUUCACAUGAAUUAUGCAAAUGUUUGUCAUGCCAAAAACCUGUAUUUUUUUCCUUUUAUUCUGUAAUUUAUGUCCAAAAAAUUGAAUGGUAUGUAGUGUUGCUAAGUUGCAAUAAGUAGCCUAAGUGCAUUUUAUUUAAUUUAAAUUUUUUUCUAUCUGUUAUGUCUUAUGUUUAUUAAGACUUUGGGGGGGGGGCAAAUUUAUUGCAUUAUUUUUAAAAUAAUAUGAAUAAAAGCAUUAUUUUAAAAAUAAUACAAAUAAUCACAUCAAUUCUAUUUUCAUUAAUGUAAUAAUUGGGUAAGAAUGAGUACUGUGUUAUUUUGUACAGUUCUAUGCUUCAAAAUAUCAUAAAAAUAUUUCUUUCUAAAGGAAAUAUGCACUUUUCUUUUAUUGGAAUUUUUCUUGAUUGUUCAGAACAAAAAAUACAUGCUGAAGUACAUUAGGAAGUGUGAAUAAUUUAUUGCAAAUUGUAAUGUUUGUAGUUUAAAUGUUUUUUGUAUUAAAAUACACAAAUUACAAUCUGAGUUUGUGUUCUGAACUUUCAAGUUAUGUUCAAUUGUCAAUGUGAAGUUUAUGGCCACAAAUAAUUUGAAAAAGAAUAUUCUCUUGUAUUAUUAUUACUUUUGCCAUAUGCUAGACAUUUUUCUUUAUCUGUCCAAGGGCUGCUUCUUUUUAUGUGUGAUAUAAGCACCACACAUUCUUGCCAACUGAAAGGUAACGGUUGAAUGCAUUUCUGCAUGAUAUGCUGCCAAAUAUUAUUAUUAGAUAAAGUACUAUACAAAUGUCAGGAGAUCAAACAUAUAUACAUUUUUAUGAUAGUUCUGUGUUACUAAUGUAAGUCGUACUCAUGGUUGUGGAUCUCACUACACUACAGUACACUCACCAUUUUCAGUCACUCAGUAUUUCUGUGUGCUGUUUCCCUACUGGUUAUGGACAUUGUGUAGAAAAAUCACAAUUGUCAUAACCAGACAGAGAAUUAGUUUUAUAAAAUUCGAAAAGAAGUAUUUUUAUUGCUGCAGUUUUAUGCCACAUUUUAUGUGAAGUCUUUCAUUGUAAUUCCAAAUAACCAUUUAUGACUUCCAUUUGCCAUUUAUACUCUUCCUAAAAAUAUAUUUCUCUAAUUAGUGUAGUAGUUGAAUCCGUCCAGUGCUUUUGCUGUUCGGGUCAAUAUGUAAAUUCUUCAAGAGCUAUGUACUGGUAGUACUUAUAUUUACCAACAAUGCCAAAACUGAAUGUAUCUCUAACUAAUUUGGACAAACUGUUGUUGUGAUGAAUAUUGUGUCCAAUCUGAAAUACUUUGUGCUGUGUGUGUUUGGCUAAGUGUAGGUAUCUUAGGUACAGAAUUCAUUGCAUUUAUAAAUUUCUAUUGAAAUUUAAGUAAUUUUAAUUCAUUUAUCAAGAGACUUUUUUAACUUCUGUGUUCUAUUUGUUUCUUAUGGUUGUGAAGGGAGUGGUGAAGUUGAGACCAAGUAUUUUUUUAUAUUAAGGUGCCAAAGAUAUAAUUGUUACAAGUUGAACGUCUCUCUUUAAUCUUCCAUAUGUUAUGGGUUGUAUAUAAUAUAGAUUUUAAAGUGCCAAAUAAAGUAUUUGUAAAACAA